AUGGCUGCCGCCAUGUCACAAAAUUCUUCUGUGCUCAAUGGUCUCUGUACAGCGUUGAAUCCGGGUAGAUCCCUUUUUGAAGAAUUUAUGUCGAAGGCAGUUACGAUACUAAGUCCGAUACCAGAGCGAGAAAUGGGAAUUUUUAACAACAAGAUCGAAAGUACUAAGAAAGAUAGUGCGUCCUCCAGGAGCAGCAGCCCGGCAAACAAGAGCUCGGCUACAUCCACCAUCAUCAACGCUGCGUCUAACAUCGCUUCCGCAGCGUCAUCAAAUUUGAAAUCAGACAGCAAUUCAGACCUGUCUUCCACCAGCAGGAGUCCAGAUCGAAACAACAGCAACACCUCCGGUAUGUCUGCACGCCCAGCGAGUCGCCAGGGAAACAACGCCUCGCCAUCGAAGGGCGGAGCACGCAUUGUCACUAUCAACAAAACAUCUUCAGACAGCUCCACGAGCUCUGGUGGUUCCACCGACUACGACACUGGCUCGACUGUGUCUUCAGGCACUGAUUACACAUCAGACACAAUGAAGAUCGCCGAGACUGGCGAGUCUGGCGGCUCGACCAGCACUACGAACAAUAACAACACCACUUCGACCUCGAACACCUCGGGAUCCGACACCAAGAAUGGAAUCCAGUCCAACGAUUAUGGCAGCAGCGGCUCGGACGUUGGCCGCAACACCAGCGGCGGCGUGACCAACGGCUAUGGUUCAUCAAACACCGCUACCGGCAAUGACAAUGCCGAGAAGUCUCGCAACCAGCAACAGAACAAUAGGUCCUCGUCCAACACCAGUGCUCAGAACUCUUCUAGCACCAAUCAGAACUCGUCCAGCUCCAACUCGGGUACGUCCCCAUCUACUGGCUCAAGUGGCAAGAUGCCAGGUGACUUUCCAUCUGAUGAAGAGACCAAGUCUAACACAACUCAAGGUCAAGCCCAGUCUGGAUACGGAUCCACCAACAAUCAGUCAUCUGGCUCCAACAAUCAGUCCUCAGGCGCAGGCUACGGUAGCUCCAACAACCAGUCCUCAGGUACGAGCUACGGCGGCAACCAGAACAACCAGUCUUCGGGUAGCUACGGGAACCAGUCCUUUGGGGGCUAUGGCGGCUCUUCGGGUGGCAACCAGAAUAGUGGCCGAGGCAUGAGAUCCCCGUCUCCUCAGCGUGGGUCAAACCAGCGAGACCAGAGCAGAGGCUAUGGCAAUGACCGCUAUGGCUCGUCGAACAACAACAAUAACUCGGGCAGUGGCGGAGGAUACGGCGGCGGCUACAACUCUGGUCGUCAGUCCCCAGCCUACGGAGGUCGAAACGACAGAGGCAAUGGAGGUGGCUACGGGGGUGGUGGUGGAUAUGGUGGAUCAAGCUCGAACUACAACGACAACGAUCGAGGGUAUAAUGGUCGAAACAAUGACCGCGGUAUGAGCCGAGGAAACUCCAAUUACGGCGGAAAUCGUAACGAUGAUUAUGGAUACUCAAACAACAACAAUUACGGUGGAGGAAACCGCGGCUACCAGAGCAACAGGAACUCAGGCGACUGGAGCCGAGACAACUUCCGCAAUGAACGUGACGCUCGCAACCAAGGAGAAGAGGACGGCAUGCGCGCUGCCAUGAGAGACUUGAACAUGGGAAGCCGAUCUGGAGGAAACUACGCAGGAAACGACCGUGGAUACAACGGAGGAGGCUACAACAACUACAAUAACAGAGGCUACGAUGACUACGACCGUGGUAACCAGCGCGGCGGCAAUGAUAACAACAACCGUAAUUCGAAUGAUUACAAUCGCGGCGGAGGCGGCGGAGGAGGAAACUGGGGUCGAUAUGAUAACAACAACAACAACAACAACAACAACAACAACUGGGGCAACAACUCCUCCUCAAACAACUCCUCUGGCAACCGCAACUCGGGCUUCACCAGCGAGAAGAAGAUGGACAUGGCCUACGAGACUGGCUACAAAGACGCCAUGGAGCGUGUCAAGGCUGAUAUGAUGAAGAAUUUCAGAUGA